CCGUCGCCCUGCUUGGGGAAUAGAAGGACGAAUAACCAAACAGAUACUCGGUUGUAAUUUUGUUAUGCAGAGCAGAAAAUAAGGGACAAGACACACUCGCAUACUAUUAAACCGGUGGAGAUUUCGUUUCAGGCUAUAUAAAGUAUAAAGCUUGCUGUCGUCCCCAAUCCCUCGCUCAAGUUAGCGUCGAAAACAUUAUCAACCAAUAUAUUUUCGGUAACUUUGUGGCCAUGGAAGUUAGCGUCUGUUUUGUUAAGGGGGUACUACAGUGGUCUUAAGUUAACAAUGUAAGAAUGGUAUAAACAUAGCUUCAAAUAUGUCCGGCAAGCUGUUGUCAUCCCUUGUCCAAACCAAAUCGAUUGAGUUGGUUUUGGCGCCGAUCGCUGCACAGGUAUCACAACUGAUUCUAUUGAAUGAGGCUGCACAAAGAGAUGGUGUUCCAUUGCCUGACUUGGUGCCCAGUGCCCAACAGAUCAGAGAGGCUAUCAAGAGCCUGAUACUGGCUGGACAAAAGUUGGUCUCUGAAACUCCAGAUAAUGAUUUGAAGUCAGAAAUGCCAUCAGCUUGUGAUACUGUAAGAGAUGCAGGGAAUGGUCUAUUAAUGGCGACACAUCAGCUUAAACAGCAGCCAUUCUCAAACAAAGUGAGGUACAACUUGGUUGACUCAGCUAGAAAUAUACUUGAAGGAACCAUGAAGGUCUUGCUUGUUUAUGACGAAGCAGAGGUGCGCAAGAUUGUGAAGGCUGCUCACUGGGUUAUGGACCGACUUGGUUUAGUAGAAGGUGUUACAUCUCCAAGGGGAUUGCUCGUGAGUUUCAAGGGUUUCACAGAGUCUUUGAUGCUCUUAGCAAGCUUGUGCAACAAGAGACAAAAGGAGCUCAGUAAUCCAUGUCAGAGGGACAGGCUUUUGUCAGCAAUGAUGACUCUAAAGAAGUCUAUAGGAUUAUUGUCAACAUCCAUGCAGACAUAUCUGAAUAAUGCAGCCAAUCUCCAAGCAAAGGCUAGUCGUGACUACGUGGUCGGUCAAAUCAUGCUGGCUUGUACCGAAAUUAUCAAAAUAGUAGAAGCCCGGGAAGAUCUGGAUCAGAGUGUUGAUCAGCCUGGUUACAUGGCUGCUACAUUGGAAAAGGCCCACAAGCAACUGUCUCCCCACAGUAGACUGGGAGCUGGUAAUGAGCUUGACUGUUACUUGGAUGCUAUUGUGCGAAGCAGCAUGGGCGUGGCCAACAGCUGUGAUGGUCGAAGAAGGGAAUGCAUUGUACAGGCCUGUCAAAGUGUGAGUUAUAAUAAUUUUUUUUUAUUAUUACACUAGAAGAACUGGUGAUACAUGUAACUAGCAUAUUGCAUGUUUUCUAAUGCAACUUCUUGAAUUGGGCCACUUGAAACAGAGUUAACCAAUCAGUGGUGAUCUUUUAAAAAAAUGAACCAAUAAUGUUGAAAAAUAUAAGCGAUAGAUCGACAACAAAAAUUUAAAACCCAGCGAAGUUACAGAAUGUUGCGGACAUUUUAGGAAGCUUGGAGAUUUUAUAAUUGGUUAGCCUUCCUUCCUACAGUUUGAGCCAUUUUCAUUGGUUUAGUAUAGCUGUCAUAAAAUGAGUUUGAAAGCAAAAUCUUUUUGGCAAAUUUUUACUGGUAAUCAUAAUAAUUUUUGAUCUGUUUAUUAUGUGCGUUAUAGAUUGAAGAGUCUGUAUUAUACAAAUUCAAGUAAAAAUACUUUUAUUGGCCUUUUCAUGGAGUAUGGUCUGGAUUCUUCAACAUCAAUGACUAGCCUCUUUACAAAAGAUCAUCAAUUUUUCUCAAUUACUAUGCGAGUCAAAAAAUCAUGCCCAACUUGAUUUGAUUCUGACAGGUCAGUUGUGUACUGACCAAUCACAGUGAAGUUCAGAACACAUAAGCAAACCACAAAC